AUGGCAGCAUGUAUCUGUUGUUGUUUUUGUUGUUGUAGUUUCUUAUCACUAACGGUUGUUUAUUAGUUUUUUUUAUCAAAAAUAAUUUUUUCUGAACCAAUGUAAUCAAAUCGAAAAACCUACCGGCUAACAAUAAUUAAUAUAAUUUUUUUUUAAAUUCCCUUUUCUUUUCUUCAUUUCAAAUACUCUGAUGCGAUGUCUGAUGAAGUAAUUAUUCUCAAAGACCUCAGGUCGGUUCCAGACAAGUAUUAUGAGUAUACACAAGCUUUGCGUACUUGGAAAACGCCUAUUGUAAUUGACAAUGGUUCGUUUACAUGUAAAGCUGGUUGGGCGACAUCAAAUAGCCCUAAUCUUAUAUUCAAAAACAUAUUGGCUAGGCCGCGAAAGGAACGAGGAAAAAAAGACGGAGAAACAUUGAUUGGAAAUGAUAUUUCAAACUUGGAAGCUGUUAGGUUCCAGUUGAAAUCACAAUUCGACCGUAAUAUCGUUACACAGUUCAAUGUGCAAGAACAGAUUUUCGAUUAUACUUUUUCACAUUUAGGCAUCGAUACUGAGGGGUAUAUCGAUCAUCCAAUAGUAAUCACAGAGCCCUUGGCCAAUCCUAAUUAUUCUCGAUUAUUGAUGUCAGAGUUAUUAUUUGAGUGUUAUCAUGUUCCUGGCAUUUGUUACGGUAUCGAUGGACUGUUCAGUUUUUCAAAGAAUAGUCAAUGUCAAAACACUGGACUUGUAGUCAGUUGUGGUUAUCACUCGACACACAUUAUACCCGUAAUCAAUGGCACUCCUGAUUUAAUCAAUAGCCGUCGAAUUGAUGUUGGUGGAUAUCAUAUUACAUCUUAUUUGCAUAAGCUCUUGCAGCUCAAAUAUCCAGCCCACUACAACGCCAUAACACCUAGCCGAGCAGAGGAAUUAUUGUAUGAACACGGAUUCUUGGCCAAUCAUUAUAUGGAUACGCUGAAGAUGUGGUCGGAUGCUGACUAUUACGAUCUGAAUGUGAAAAGAAUACAGCUACCAUAUUCCACAGCUGUUGUUUUAACACCAGACCAACAACGAGAUAAACGUAGAGAAAUGGCUAAAAAAUUAGUUGAAAUGAAUGCCAGAAAGAGAGAUGAAAAAUUAGCAGAAGACGAAGAACAAAUACAUCAAUUGUUAAUGAUCAAAGAGAUGAUCGAAGACGGAGAACCAAUCAAAGAAAUUACAGAGGUGUUGAGAUCACAUGGAUUGAAAAACGAAAAAGAUUUAAAGAAACUGAUAUUUGAUCUGCAAACUAGAAUUGAUAGAACAAAAUCGAAAAUUGCUGCGUCCAAUGCUCCCAGUAUUGAUGAAUCGAUUAAUGAAGAACCUAAACUGAGGUUGUUCAAAAAUAUAAUUCAAUUGCCAAAAGACGAAUCAGUUGAGAAAAGCUGGCUCAAGAAUGUUUAUAAAAAAAGGCAAGACAUAAUAGAUAGAAAAGCAGUUCGAAAACAACGAAGACAAGAUAUGGCCAAGAGAGGUACUGCUGCAUCUUUAGAACGCAUGCGAAUAAUCAGUCAAUUAGCUAGGAAAGACAAAAGAGAUGACGAUUUUGGUAGCAGAGAUGAAGACUGGGAUGUUUACAAAGUUAUAAAUAAAGAAGGUGGUGACACCGAUAGUGAAGAAGAACAAGAGAAAAUCACAGAGCUUGAAGAUAUAUUAAGAUUUUACGAUCCGUCGUUUGUAAGCUCAAAUGCAAAUGAAGAACUAAAUCCUAAAGAAGCCCAUCAACUUCACUUCGGUAUUGAGCGCAUGAGAUGUGCCGAAGUUUUAUUCCAACCUUCGAUGAUUGGCUGCGGUCAAGGAGGUAUAACAGAUACAAUAGAAUUCAUGUUGAAAAAAUUGAAUCCAGAAACAGCGAGUCAAUUGGUGAAAAAUGUUUUCCUUACGGGUGGACCAGCAAAAUUACCAGGUUUUACAAAUAGGAUGUGUAGAGAACUUAGAGAAAUGAGGCCAAUAGGGUCUCAAAUAAAUGUUUAUUUGGCUCAAAAUCCAUCCCUGGACGGUUGGUUUGGUGCUAAAAUGUUUGCUAAUAGAAAAGAUAUUGAUAAAUAUUUGUUUACACCUAAGAUGUAUGAAGAAAUGGGUGGUGAUUAUUUUAUUGAACAUUUUUGUUCUAAUAUGUAUUGCCCUUUGCCAGAAGCGGUUCCUGAAGUCGAAUCACUCAAUGAAUUAAAUGUUGACUUGUAAUUAAAUAACUAAUUAGUUUAGUGUAGUUUCGACAAACUUCAUUUUAUUUCUAUAUUUUUUAACUUUUUUUUUUUGUGCAAACAUUUUUUUGUAAAAAAUAUUGAACAAUUUUAUAAGGCUGAUCUAAUAAAUUAGUUUUUAUAUUUUAUUUACACAUAUGUUUAAUAAUCGAUGUAAGGUGUAAAAAAUA